GUCAUAAUAUAAUAUUCAACAUUUUUCACGCAUGAAGUUUGAAGGGAUUAUUAUAGACAAAUGCUAUAAUUUUAAAGUGCUAAUAUGUAUCACCAUGGCUAUAAUAACCCUAUUGGCUAGUCUCCUUUCGUCUUCCUGGGUCGAAUCUCACGGGUUUAAAAGUGGCCUCUGGAAAAUAUGUGUGACCAAAUUCGAUUUCGAUAAAACUUUCUCAACGGAUAUAUUGACGAAUGAAUUAACGUCCGCCAUCCACCCGGAAGGAUCGUUCGAAUACCCUGCUUACGUCGAUAAAACCUUUUACAUGAGAAAUCCAGGCUGUCAUAUAAUAUUCAAUAACGGACAGAGUUUAGCAAUUCCAACUUGGCGACUGGUGGUUUUGAUGCUUAUAUCCUGUUCCAUGCUAUUCCUUAUUUUUUCUAUUGCAUUUUUUACGCUAACCAUGAUUACCCUUAACCCUACACUGUGUACGAACGCCACCAUAACAACACUUUUUAUAGCCGCAAUAACCGCAUCCUUGGGCUUGGCUAUAUUCCCCAUACAACUUCGUCGUUCCAUUCUUUACAUCAAAACAACCCACAAAUUUUCCCAAUCGCUACAAAAAUCGCUUAAAUUUGAAAAUCCACAGCACAAUGAUUAUGAAAAUAUAAACUUUCGCAGAUUCGAGAUGAGCUGGUCUUACGGCCUGGCUUGGGCCUCUGUAAUAUUUACUAUCGGGGCUUUGCUGACCCUGUACUUAGAAAAAACAUGUCAUAUAACAAAUAACAAAAACAUAGCUAACGGGCAACGCAAUAAAAAUGGAAUCAAUACUCUCAGUCAGAGCAGUGAACUUAACGAAAAAAGCUCGGAUGGUAAAUAUUAUUAUUCAUCGGAAAGAGAAAAAGCUCGUUUUGACUAUGAAGAAACUUGCAAGAAAAAUAAAUUUCAUAAUGGCAAUCCAGUGUAACUUUAAAUAAUUAGAUUAUUUCUUCUUUCUUUUCAAAUUUUUUAUUUUUUUUUAACCGGUUAAUUCAUUGUAAAUUAUUACACUUUUUAUUUCUUCCAAAAGCCUUUAUUUUUAAAGCCGAUUAUUUGGAAUUUAUUUAUUUACUAAUUACGUAAUUAAGUAAACUAAAAAUCGGAAUAACCUCCAGAAUCGAAUUGGUUUAAUAUAUGCAUUCUGUCAUUUUAUUGUAGCUUUUAAUAUAUUAUAUAUAUAGUUGGUGUUAGCAUUUAAAUCAAAGUUAUAUUGUCAUUUUUUUUGAAAAAAAGAUGAAUUAUCAAUUAAUUCUUUCAUCUAUUAUAUUAUAAGUCUUGUCCUAAAUAUAAUAUAUUUAGAAGAACUAAACUCUUAAUGCCAAAAAAUUAUGAAAGUUUUAAAGUUUUAAAAACUUUCCUCCUAAAAAUGCAUCCUCUUGGAAACAUUAUAACAUAAUCUUUUAACAUUCAUAUAAUACCUACAUUGUAAUGUAAAGAAUUUAUUCAAAUCUAGGGUAUAAUAUCAUUAUAAUAUAAAAUUUUCAUCGCAUUUUCUUUUUAUGAAUUUUUUUAUUCGAUUAAUAUACACCAAUUUGGAAAUUAUGUAAAAAUAAUGUUAUUAAAUCAUUUGUCCUGCAAAAUAAGCUGAUUUUUAUUACAUUUGUCACAAAUUUCCGCCAUUUUUCUACUAAAUAUUAUUUUUUAUUUUUAUUUGAUAAUUUAAGUAUACUUAAUGAAUUUAUUAAGUUAUUCUCAAAUCAAUUCAGUUUUUUUUUAAUUUCUAAUGACCACCUAUAGUUUAAUAUGAAAUUUUGUAUUUAAAAAAAAUUUAUGGAAAAAUCAUUAUAAUUUAAUAUAUAUAUAUUUUAAAAUUACAUGUAAUAUAUUCCAUGAGAUUGAUAUUUAAUCUAUUCUUCAACAUGUAAACUUAGCAAAUUCAUCACAGAAUAUUAUUUAAAAAUUCAAAUGUGAUUUCUAUAUAUAUUUUUUUUAAAUGAAUUUUUUAUACUUUAUAUAUAUUUUUUUAAAAUUUAUGUUUGAUAACCAGCCAUUUUGUUUUUAUAUAUGAAUUUUGUAAAAUUUGGCACAAAUU